AUGAGGAUCCAGCGGCACUUUGUGUUGGGUCUGCUCGGUGUGCUCUCUGUGGCCAUCGGUGGCAGCCAAUCGAAGGCUGUCGUGGACCAGCAGCCUGCCGCUUCCCAGGUGGACAGCAAGAGCGUCGCCCAGCAGAGGAUCGAUCUCGGGGGAUUGGGUGAUUCUCUGUUCCACGAGCAUCACAUUCACGAGCACGUUGAACACCAUGAACAUCACCACGAUCCCGGAUACUGGAAGAAGAAGGUGACCUGGAAGGAGGGCUGGAAGAAGGUCUGGAAUCCGGCCAAGAAGCAGAUCUGGAAUCCUUCGUGGAAGAAGAUCUGGAAGCCUCAUUGGGUCAAAGUGCCCGGCUGGAAGGAGAUCCAGGUUCCUGCCUGGAAGCAAAUUUGGGUUCCCCACUGGAAAGAGAUCCUAGUGCCCGCCUGGAAGGACAUCCAAGUACCUGAUUACAAGCAGAUUUGGACACCAGAGCUGGUCAAGGUUGGCAUUCCCGGCGAAAAAUAUCUGGGCAAGGAUCAUGAAGGUUGGGAGUACACUAGCCAUGACUUGUGGAAGAAGAAAGUGGUCUGGAAGUCGCAUUGGAAGAAGAUCUGGAAGCCAGCCAAGAAGCAAAUCUGGGUGCCCGAAAAGAAGCUGGAGUGGAAGGAGGCAUGGAAGCAGUACUGGAAACCGGCCAAGAAGGAAAUCUGGACUGACAAAUUGGAAUGGAAGGAGGCUUGGAAGCAAAUCUGGGUGCCCGGCUGGAAGGAGAUCUGGGUACCUGGCUGGAAAAAGAUCUGGAAGCCCGUGGUCAUCUCCGAAUGGUUCCCAUCGCCCGAUCACCAUCACCAUCACCAUGAGCACCACGAACAUGGCUGGGAUUGGGAUCGCAAGGAUACGGCUACCGCUGGCUCUGCUCCCGCUCCCGCAACAUCGGCCCUAAAGAAUAAGGUGGUGUGGAAACGAGAUGACACCAAUGCUGCCGGAAAGCCCACGCUUCUACAGCCUGUGGCCAGUGCCGACUUCCAGGCCAAGGCCCUGGAGGCAGCCAGGUCACCGGUGGCCGUUCCCGCCGCUGCCUCGGUGGCAGCCACCUCGCAGUCAUUCAAGUUUCCCGGCGCGUAG